CUAUAAUUAUUUAUGAAACGUGCUUUAAAAUGGCGACUCUCGUGCGAGAUGUUUGCGCGGGAAUGAUAGUUUUGUCAUAAUUUAUAUUCUGAUAUAAGAGAUGAUAUCUGAUAAUGAUAUAUGAUAUGUAAUACAAUAAAAGAUUACUCUUAUUGCAUGUAACCAUGAAGAAACGUCAAUUGUCACAGAAGAAGAUUUCUGUCCAUAAUGUUGAAAAAUCUCAGACAAAAAUAUCAUCAUUUUUUACAAAAAUACCAAAGCCUGAGCUUUCAAGCAACAAUAAGACUGUAUCAAGUUCAAACUCAUCUCCAGUCUUGGUUGCAAAGAAAAGAAAAGAAGAAAAUAAAGACACGUUUGAAGAAGAAUGUAUAAGAAUUAAGAAAAAAUGUAAUGAAAGUAACAAUAUAUUGAAGGAAAAUGCAACAUUGCAUGAAGAUUCAUUAUUAUCUGUAACAAAAGAUUUAGAAGAUACAUAUGAUAAGUCUACGGAAAAUAAAAUAAUUUGUGAUAAUGCACGACUGUUAAAAAAAGUUGAUAAAGAAGUAAAUUCAGUGAAAACUAAACAUAAGAUAAAUACAUCACAAAAUGUUGCAAAUAUUAAAAAUACUUCAAAAGUCAUGGAUAAUAAUUAUGUUCUUAAAGAGAUACGAGAUCUUAAUACUACUACAUUAAAGUCAUCCUUACUUGCUGAAAUGCCUACCUGUAAAGAAAUUAAGUCACACCAUUUGAAGCAAACGGAAUCUUUUCAAAGCUUUAUGGAUGAAGAUGAUUUUGAUAAUUUAUUUGAUCAGGAAUGGCAGAUUAAUCUCACUACUUUGGAAAGGUGUAAAAUAAGUGAUAUCAAACAUGAACCGAGAGCUACUAUUCUAACAAUACAGCAUAUAGAAUCUGAAAAAACCGAUACUGUGGCAUGUUCUGGAUUUUGGAAACAUGUGCAAGUGAAAAUUGAUGAUAUUGUCAUGAUACAAGCUAAGAAAGAUUUGCAGCAGUGGAUUAUUGAUAACAAUAAUGGUUUCAUCAUCACGCAGCCUGAUAUAUUAAUAUCAGGCACGACAAUAACGAGCGGUUUAUUUUGCAAUAGACGAGCGGUGUUGGCCGAGAAGUUUAGGAAGAUAGAGUCGCUGCCAAGUUUGAAUGCUGAUUAUUCUGUAAUGACCAUAGGAUCUUUGGUUCAUCAGUGGCUACAGAAGGCGCUGCGGGAAAACAUCUCCACACUAUCCGAUGUGAUCAAGCUGCUUGAUGACAAUAUAUUACAAUCAAGAAACACGAUAGAGUAUCUCUAUUCAUCGGAAUUGUCGCUUGCAGAGUGUCGAAAACGCAUGAGGGAAUACGCACCGAGAAUUUUCGAAUUCAUUCAACAUUAUAUCAAGGGCAACAAGCAGCAAUGUAUAAGCAACUUGAAGAACAAUUUUCAAGGAAAUAUUUGUAAUAUACAAGAUAUUGAGGAGAACGUUUACAUACCGAAAUUAGGAAUAAAGGGAAGGAUAGAUGUAACAGCGGAGGUGAAAAUCAAUUCGAAAAGAAAAAUCAUGCCUUUGGAAGUAAAGACUGGAAAAGUCUCUUUCUCGAUGGAACAUAAGGGCCAAGUUAUUCUCUAUCUUAUGAUGAUGGGCUUUAGAGAUCAGGAUAUCGAUACUGGUCUUCUAUUAUAUCUGAAAGAAAACGCGAUGCAGGAAAUUAAAAGUAGUCAUCACGAGAAGAGGGAUUUGAUAUUGCUGCGGAAUACCUUGGCGCAUUAUUUUUCCAAACAGCCUGAAGAUUUUCAGAAUAUAAGUUCGGAGUCGGAUUUAAAAACGAUGGAACUGCCUGAGCCGAUAAAUCAUCGUGCAUGCAUCACGUGUCCUUAUCAAACUCUAUGUUGCACGUAUCUGACGAGGGACUCAAACGUGAAUUUGUCGUCAUCGCAUUUAUUAACGACGCCAAUGAAGGAACUACUGAACGAUUUUAAAUCUAGUCACUUGGAUUACGUUAUGAAGUGGAUCGCGUUACUGCAACUGGAAGAACUUUACGAGAACAAUAACAACAGUUUAAGCAACGUAUGGACAAUGAGUGCGGAAAAGAGAGAGAUGAGAGGAACAUGCAUCUGUAACUUGAAAGUCGUAAACAAAGUGAUGGAGCAAGACGAUAGAUAUCGACAUAAGUUUGCACGUGUUAAUAUCAAAGGCGAGACUAUUGAAAACGACGUGCUCAGCAGCUCAUUCGCUGAGAAUGAUUAUGUUAUCAUCAGUACGGACACAAGAGUUAACAUAGCCGCUGGAUUUAUAAUGCAUAUUUUGCAUGAUACUGUCACAGUUUUGUUAGACAAGGACGUUACGCGACAGAACGCUCAGUCUAUGUUUCAUAUUGAUAAAUACUCUUCCACAGGUCUGUCCACGUUCAAUUAUGCGAAUGUAGCUGGUUUGUUGAACAAUGACGAAGCCAUCGUCAGACUUCGGCGCAUCGUCAUCGACAGAAUACCAGCUACGUUUGUGAAGUUGCCUCGUUCAGUCGUGUCGACUAGCGCCGAAAUAAUAAGCGACCUCAACGAAAAUCAACGGAGAGCUGUGCUGAAGGUGGUGGCCGCCAACGAGUACGUUCUGAUAAAGGGUAUGCCGGGCACGGGAAAGACGCAAACUCUAGUAGCAUUGAUAGAGUUGCUGCAAGCAUUGGGAUCCAGUGUGUUGAUCACUGCACACACGCACAGCGCGGUGGAUAAUGUUCUGUUAAAAUUGCUAGAACGUAACAUUGAUUUUUUACGUUUAGGCUCGACGAAGCAGAUACAUCCUCUGUUGACGUGUAAGACUGAAGAAUACGCGUUGGCGAGUUGCAACUCGCCGGAGGACCUGGAGACGCUUUACAACAGCAAGCGAAUAGUCGGCGUGACCUGUUACGGCGCGUAUCACGCUCUUAUCAGAAGACGCACCUUCGACAUUUGUGUGGUAGACGAGAGCGCGCAGAUCAUGCAGCCUACGGUGUUGCGUCCGUUGUACAGCGCGCGGAAGUUUGUUCUCGUCGGGGAUCCGGAUCAGCUGCCGCCUGUUGUCAAGAAUAAAACAGCGGUGAGACUUGGCGGAGACGAGUCCCUAUUCAUCAGGCUCGAUAGCGACAACAAUACUGUCAAUCUGUCGAAACAGUAUAGGAUGAACGGAAGAAUCAUGAGACUGGCCAACGACGCGACGUACUGUGGCAAAUUGGCGGCGGCCAACAAGCAAGUGGAGAAUGCGACUUUAACUGGCGUCAACAUGAAGCAAACUCUUCCUUCUUGCGAAAGAUGGAUCAGAAGCGCACUUUCCAGAAACUUGGAUGACUCAGUGAUAGUGCUCGAUACUGGUAGCACUUACAACUUGAACGUAGAAUCUGCUAGCAAUAGAAGACACGAUCAGGUGUGUUCCAAUAUUUGGGAAGCAGCUAUUAUCCUGCGCCUCGUUCAAGUGCUCACUGAGGCAGGUGUAUACGGUAGAAAUAUAGGAGUUAUUGCACCUUAUAAUGCUCAUAUAAAUUUACUGAAAAAGAUUGUAAACAAGGAAGUGGAAGUGAACACUGUUGAUCAGUAUCAAGGACGCGAUAAGGACGUUAUAUUAUAUUCAUGUACAAAGAGUAUCGAAUGUGACACAAAGAAAGAAUUCGGGAUAUUAGACGAUCAGAGACGUUUAACUGUAGCUAUUACUCGCGCGAGACAUAAACUGAUUAUAAUUGCUGAUAAAGUCACUUUGAUGAGAUAUACGCCGUUUAAAAAUCUGUUUGACGUCAUUGAUGAAAAAAAUGUUAUAAGUUUACGCAAUGGCGAAGAAGACUUUGACUGGAAAAAUCUUAUUUCUAAAAUUGACAUUAGUAGUAAUGAUAAAAAGUUCAAAGAGUAAUCAAAAGAUAUAAUUUAA